GUCUGGUGGAGCAGCCGGUGAUCUCCAAGACCACGGACUUCCACCUCUACCCCCAGGGCCAGCAGCUGAGGCUGUCCUGCGCCGCGCCCAAGGAUUACCAGGCGCGGACCUUCCAGCUCUACCGGGACGGCACGCCGAUCCUGGCCCGCACCAACGUGCGGGACUCGGUGGCCGAGUUCACCCUGGUCAACACCAGCAUGGCCGACGGCGGACUGUACGCCUGCGAUUACCGGGCCACGGUGGCCGGGCAAGAGUACAACUCGUCCCGGAGCGAGGGGAUCCUGGUCGAAAUCGCGGAGGACAUGAAGGUGCGGCUGGUGAACGGGAGCCACCCGUGCGAGGGCAGGGUGGAGGUGACCUUCGGAGACGACUGGGGCACCGUCUGCGACGACCAGUGGGGGCUGCUGGACGCCAAGGUGGUGUGCGCGGGCGCGGGCUGCGGGGCGGCGCAGGGGGCGCCCACCCACGCCCGCUUCGGCCGGGGGGCGGGCCCCAUCUGGCUGGACGACGUGGCGUGCCGGGGGGAUGAGACGCAGCUCUGGCACUGCAGCACCCGCCUGUGGGGCACCCACAACUGCCAUCAUGGGGAGGACGCCAGUGCAAUCUGCUCAG